AACAAGGCUGGCUCAUAUGAUGGGCAACAGCGGUGUCGGUUUUGAAUCCAUCUUUGCCACAGGACGGACACUGGAGAGACAUGAGUUACAGAGGAAAGGUAUGUAGACAGUAUACUAAUACUCGCAUUGACUCCGGCAAUUUCUGGAUUUGCUUUUUCUAUCAAGUACACCAUACUAAAGUACAUAGUAACAUAUGUCGACCUCGCCUGUCAGUCUCAAUAUCCACCACAACAUUCCGUCUACCUCAAAUAAGGCACUCCAUUGGUGUUCUCCAUGCUACACUCAGCAGCAUCCAUCAGACACUUGCCGAACUGGAAAUUCUGGCGCCGCCAGUGUCUCUGACUUGUAUGAUAUCGCUGAUGCUAUUGGUUCCAUGAUCAUCGAUGAUACAGAGGAUCUUGAAGCAAACCUUGUCAUGGAACUCGCCAGGGCUAGACGAGAGAAGCUCCUCACUGAAAAGUCGCUUGCUGACUGUGUGGUCCAUGAGCUCAAACUCAUGGUGAGUUUAUCAAAGUUCAAGUCAAGUCUUUUCGAGCAGAAACUCGACCGGGUGGAUGUAGGAUUAGGAUACAUGCGGAUCGCUUUUAAAACGCAUGGUCUUUCUCACCGCGCGCACCAUCUCUACGGUUCUCUCGUCGAGUUAGGGGAUAGUCAUGGUAUCACUAUUCAGCUAGAUUGAUGUGAGAUACUAUGUUGAUUUGAUUGUCGCAGAAUUUCUGUAGUACCUUGUCAAAAUUUAGCAAUAGUGUUUUGUACCGUGUAUUAAAUUCAAGUGUUUCAC